AUGAAUCCAUUAGCCAUACAAGGAGUAGCUGGUGCUGUUGACAGAUUUGCCGUCAUUGGAUAUGGUACCGUAUACCUUGACAUUCAGGAACGUUAUUACAAAGGUGCUCGUUUGCGUCACUGUUCUUCAUCUGUUGCGCGUUUCCAGUCGCUCUUGCUACACUUUAUCGUUGCUGCUAUUUUAAGUUUGGUGUUUGAUGUGAAUAUCAAGGUUCGUAAAUUAGCUUUUGCCAUAGAGUAG